AGUUCGAGCUGUCAGAACUGGCGAAUAGAAAAGCGCAUGUUUACUUUUCGUCCCGCAAAGAGAAGGAAAAUUAUAUUUUUUUCCUAGCAACAUUUCGCUGUCUGGCUUUAUUUUUGGCAAGAAAAGCGUCCAGUUGUGAAACAAUAUGUCCUCGACAGAGCAGCAGGCCAAGUUAGCCGAGGAGCGAAUUCAAGAGGCCACUCCACAGGUACCGAAAGUGAUACUAUCGGCCGAACAGAAGGAAAUCUUCGACCGCAUCUCGAAGAAUGAAGUCAGCGAGCUGAAGCUGGCGUUGGCUCAGUUCAAACAAAACGUAGACUUUGUGGAUGAAAAUGGAAUGACCCCGCUGCAGCACGCGGCGUAUAAAGGAAACAAAGACGCGGUCCAGAUGCUGCUGGAUCAAGGCGCGGAUGUGAAUUCCGGUAAGCACGAGUACAACUAUACGGCGCUGCACUUUGGAGCGUUGUCGAAGAGUGUGGACGUAUGCUUGAAGCUGCUAAUGGCAGGGGCGAAUAUUAAUGCGGUCAAUUCGGUUGGAAGAACGGCCGCCCAAAUGGCUGCCUUCGUAGGCAACCAUCAGGUUGUCGCCACCAUCAAUAAUUUCGUUCCGCUGAAAGAGAUCGAACAUUUCACCAGAGCUCAAGGCUCCCAGAAGGAACCACUGCUGCCGGUUGUGCACCUCGAAGGGUUUCAUAAGUUUGUUAUGCAGAUCAACAUUCAUCCCGUUCGAAUCGCUCUGAAUCUGCAGAAGUAUGGUCUGUUUAUUGAUGACUUGAAACGCAUAAAAAAGGUUCUAGACGAGAUGAUGGAGAAGGAAAUGAAACGCCGGAAUGAGAUCAAUGAAGUGAUGGCUUUCAAAUACCACUAUUUGGGAUAUUUCGUGAAUGAAAUUGCCAAAUGUAGAGACUAUUUCUUGGCAAGGAAGGAUCGAGCCGAUGGCGGAAGUGGUAAAGAUCUAAAAAGUGACUUUGUGGAGUUGUUUGCUAAGAGAGUUUUGAAGCAAGGAAAGGAUGGUGCUCUAGAAUAUGUCGAAGCUACAAUUCGUGAAUGCGUUCGCGAGUUCCCAUUCCGAGAGUGUACCGUUUUUCGGCAGGUGGUGUCUCAGCUUGCCAGCAAGGAAAACGUUGCAAGCGCUUUGGAGAUUAUAAAGGCUGCCAUCAAUGGCCAACAUGGCUUCCAGGAUACAAUUUCGUUCUGCAGCUCAUGCGGAGAGGAAAAACCAGACAAGAAGUGCUCGAAAUGCAAGGAGGUUCAGUACUGCGAUCGAGAGUGCCAACGUUUGCAUUGGUUUAUGCAUAAGAAAGUAUGCGCAAGGCCUUCCUCAACGGCCACUUUGGGGCAACUGGGCAAGGAUGCCAAGAAGGAAAUCGAUUCGGCUGAGAUAAGUGAGCAGCUUCAGAAACUGGUGGCAAGCUAAGGCAGCUAUCGCGUGACAAGUCGUUAGAUUUUUUUGUAGCAUUUCUUGUAGGGAAUGUAUAGGAUACGAUACGGAUGAUGAAUCCAUUCUAAUUGUGAACUAGACGCAGGAGGAGGAAAAUUGUACUAAUCAUGUGACAGUCAAUCCUAUAUAACGUACAAUAUAUAAGUGUAAUUUGCUAUUCUUUGGAUGUGAAUAAAUCAGACAAAAUAACAAUGUAAAUGUA